CUUUUCCCCUUCCCUGGUACAUGGUGCUGGCGCAGCUCCGCCCACACCGGGAGCUGCAGGGUGACCCGCGCAGGUCUCCAGACGAACUAUGCAGGUCUUGGGGAUCUUGAGUCGACGCUUCUUUCCUCUGAGGACGUGGGCCCAUGCUUUGGGGGCCCGGAACGAUGCCCGAGGUUGUGCUCUCCACACAGGUUCACAAAGGUCCCUGGAGGUGGUGGAAAAAACAGAAGAAGAAACUGAAGUAGAACCGGGGGAUGCCCAGAAACGCAGCACGUUCAGCAUUUUUCCUCCAGUUCCAGACCAAGAGAGCUCCUUGACAUGGGGAGGCAAGAAAUAUGAAGAAAUCCCAAUAGCUCACAUUAAGGCAACAUAUAACAACACACACAUCCAGGUGGUCUCUUCCAGGAAUGAGCCAUUUGCCCGAACUUCUUGUGGCACUGAAGGGUUCAAAAAUGCAAAAAAGGCCACAGGGAUUGCAGCACAAACUGCAGGCAUUGCUGCAGCAGUGAAAGCCACAGCGAAGGGAGUGAUCCAUGUCAGAGUGGUGGUGAAAGGCCUGGGACCAGGGCGUUUAGUAAGUGGCUGGUUGUAUUCUUGUUUUUUUCUUUUUUUUUUAUCUUUACAGCAUUUGUUUUUCUGGGCUGAGAGCAGGAGCAUGAGGAGAAACAUAAAACUAAGCUUUCAUGGAAAGCUCAUUUUCUAAAGAUGAGUCUUUUUUUCCUGUGAGCUCCACCAAGCAGGGCUGCCCUUCAGCAAUACUUAAAUUGUAGAAUUACAGGCAGGUACAAGAUGGCAGUGAAUUUGAGGAUAAGAAAUCUUAACAGAAUCCAAAGGGACUUGUCAUCCUCCUGCCUUGGCCAAUAAUCCCACUUAGUAUUUAAAUACUUAUAACUCUUUGAAAAAUAUAGGUUAUUAUAUUGUUUCUCAUAUAUUGUUCUACUCUAGUCAGACCUCUUUUUUGUGUUUUUACAGUCUGCCAUCAAGGGAUUGACCAUGGGGGGCCUGGAGGUGAUCUCAAUCACGGAUAAUACACCCAUCCCACACAAUGGUUGCCGCCCAAAAAAAGCCCGGAGGCUAUGAAGAAAUUAAUUGACUGCCUUGAGACCUGGUUCCAGUUUUCACCUUUAGAUUGACUUCAGAUCAAUGCAGAGCUGUUCCCAUUGGACAGAACUCAGGAAACAUAAGUCAAGGAUUCAAUGAAGGCAAAAACAAGAUGAUUUUCUCCUUUGUUUAGUAAUAUAUAUGAGUGCAUAUUUUUUAAGUAUGCAAAAUUAACCAGUGCUUAUUACUGUGAAACAGUGCCUCUUUGGACAGGAGGGGGUGCUACAAGUACACUUCUGGCAAGUGUGAUCAGCUCCACAGCACUGACAAAAUAAAAUCGAUCUCGCCA